AGAAAUAAAUUUCCAAAAGUGUCAUAAUUUUCCGACAAUGUCCGAUAACGCAACCUCCCAAACCGACUUUGCUCUGAAGCUCCUUGCCACCCUUCCUCACUCAGGCUCCGUAGUCCUAUCUCCACUUUCCAUCUCUCUUGGUCUGGCUCUGAUCCAUGCGGGGGCUUGUGGUUCCACCCAAAAAGAGCUUGAAGAUGUGCUCGGUGGCUCUAGGAUUUUUGAGGAAUUUUCUGGAUUGAUGGAAGCUGUUGGUGACACAGAUAACGGCGUGGAAACGAAAAUUGUGAAUCGGGUUUUUGUGAACCAAGCCUAUACCAUUCACCAGGAUUACCUUGAAACCGUUGAAAAAUUAUACAAAGCUUCGGGUGAAAGCCUCGAUUUUUCUCAGACCGAACAAGCGGCAAAGACCAUGAACACCUUUGUGGAAAAUCAUACAAAUGGAAAGAUCAAGGAUUUGAUUCCGGCGGACAGUGCCAAUAAUGCGUUUGCGUUCCUUGUGAACGCGAUGUACUUCAAAGCGGAUUGGCAGUCGAAAUUUGCAAAAGAGUCGACUACUGGCAGAGAAUUUUUCACGUCAGAAGCGGAAUCUAGACAGAUCCCAUUUCUCACGGAGCUCGACGAGCACCGAGACUACACAGAGGAUGUCUUAUUCCAAGUGUUGUCGCUAAAAUACGCGGAUCCCAAGUUCACUCUGGCAAUUUUCCUUCCCAAACAAAGAUUUGGAUUGGUUGAUGCUCUGGAGAAAAUCAAUGGAGAAUACAUCCAAAAUCUGCUCAACGACUUGAAAAGUAGCUACGUUAGCGUGCAAAUUCCCAAGUUCAAAAUCGAAAAAGAGCUAGACUUGAAGGAAACACUAGAGGCUAUCGGUAUCAAGGAGAUCUUUGCGGAAGGAGCUGACUUAUCCGGAAUCGCGGACAAGGUAUUCAUCUCGUCAGGGAUCCACAAAGCAAUCAUUGAAGUCGACGAGGAUGGGACCACAGCGGCGGCUGCGUCGGCGUUCAAGGUGCAGCUGGAAAUGAUGAUCAUGGCGGAGCCCACGCAGUUCGUUGCUGAUCACCCAUUUCUGUUUGCUGUUCUGUUUGAAAAUCAUACAUUGUUCCUUGGGGUUCAUGCUUGAUUUUUUUUGAUCGGAAUAUUUUUUGGAAGAAAUAAAGAGUUUUU